AUGGACGACAAGAAGAAUGAAGAUUUUGAGAUGCGCAAUAUCAGCGGAGCGUCAUCGCCUUCGAACAGGCCCUUCAUCCCGCAGCGAUCCCCGAGGAAUCCUCCCCCAGCUCCCCUAUCCAACAUUACGAACAGCCCCCCGCUUUCCAUCCUGGCCUACUGUCUGGCUUCAAUCUCCAUGACCGUUACAAACAAAUACUGUGUCUCAGGUGCCAACUGGAAUCUGAACUUCUUCUACCUUGCGAUCCAGUCUCUGGUCUGCAUCAUUGCCAUUAUCCUUUGCAAGCAGGCCGGCAUGAUCACCAACCUGGCGCCAUUCGAUCCCAAGAAGGCAAAGACAUGGUUUCCCAUCUCCCUCCUCCUCGUUGGGAUGAUUUACACCAGUACCAAAGCGCUCCAGUACCUCUCGGUCCCCGUCUACACCAUCUUCAAGAACUUGACCAUCAUCGUCAUUGCGUACGGAGAGGUCCUUUGGUUUGGGGGGAGCGUCACGGCUUCCGCUCUAUUCUCCUUCGGGCUCAUGGUUCUCAGUUCCGUGGUUGCUGCUUGGGCCGAUAUUCAACAUGCCCUGUAUGGAAACGCCGAGAUUGAGAGCGCGGAAGCUGCACUGGCUCUGUCGACUUUGAACGCUGGAUACGCGUGGAUGGGCAUGAACGUUUUCUGCACUGCCGCAUACGUCUUGUCCAUGCGCAAGGUUAUCAAGAAAAUGAACUUCAAGGAUUGGGACACCAUGUUCUACAACAACCUCCUUACCAUCCCAGUCCUGUUUGUAUGCUCCUUCCUCUUCGAGAACUGGACCUCUGUGAACAUCGAGAAGAACUUCCCGCUCGAGUCCCGCAACAGCCUCAUCCUGGGCAUGAUCUACUCUGGACUUGCCACAAUCUUCAUCUCCUACUGCUCAGCCUGGUGUAUCCGUGUCACCUCCUCCACCACCUACUCCAUGGUUGGCGCCCUCAAUAAGCUUCCUAUUGCUGUCAGCGGCUUGAUCUUCUUUGCCGCUCCAGUUACGCUCGGAAGUGUUUCGGCUAUCAUCAUUGGAUUUGUUAGCGGUAUCGUGUACGCUUGGGCCAAGGUCCGACAGACGCAGAUGAAUAAGAUGAGCUUGCCGACCACCAACCAGCAAGUCAUGAGCGCAAGCUCGCAGAGCAAUUUCGAUGCGGUCAAGGCAUAG